AUGGCAGACCACUCCACCACCCAGGACACCUUUAGUCGCAUUGAAGGAAGCCCUACCAGCUGGGAUCUGCCAUCUGAAAAUGACUCUGACGCGGGCGACGACUAUUAUGGGGACAUGGACGGGCUAGAUUUCCAAUGGGACAUGUUGAACCGCGACCUAUGGGAUUUUGAUGCAAUGACUAUUGCUAUUCGGCAGCGUUACCUUACCGAAGUUUGCAGACUCCCUCCCCAGCCCGCUCCAAAGAAGCUCGGGGAUCUCCCCUGGCGUGCAGAUCCCAAGCAACGUACGAUUGGCAACCAGACGGAGUUUUACGAAUAUAUUCCUCUAUGGACCGAUCCAGAGUUUGAGACGGACAGAAAGAAUGGCCCGAGGUACUUCCAGGGUAGCCACCUCAACAGGCUGUAUCCGGCGCAGACCCAGGAUAGUCUAGCCCAGUAUCCCACCGAGAUGGCGAAGCGAUUUGGAAUUUUCCCUAAACGAACAGAUGGCCGCUCAAGACUGUCUCCAGAGGAUUCUACAUCAAGACGCUACCAACUAAAGAACGGUGAUUGGGUCGACGCCAGCGACCUGGACAGAUUCCUAGAGGAACAUUACUUCAUGUCAGAAGUCGCGCAAGCGUCCGGGCAGAGCAUCGAAAACUACAUUGAGCACCAGGCGCAGAAGACCGCAACAUCUGGAGAAGAGCACCCAACACUCGAGAUGUGGCAGCUAUGUCAGAUGCACAACGCAGAGCUCAAGAAGGAUGCGGAUUAUCAACGAUUUGUCUUCAACGGCUAUACAACCGACGAGUUGCAAAAGCUAGAUGUGCUUGACUUCAGUAAUGAUGUCUACUUUGACCUUGCAGGACCUCUGCAUCCUAUUCUUACUCGAGACAGAUGGCUUCCCGCACCACCAGCUCACUCAAGUACAAAAGGUUUCCCUCGGCAGUACUAUGAGUUUAAAGACAAAAGUCAAAACUACCAUAGAGGACUGUGGACAGCGCAAGACGACUUUGUCUGGGAUGCCCUGCAACCUGCCCUCCAGCUGCUGACACGCAUCUUGAACUCGAACCUGCCGGUCUGGACUGGCCUUCUGGAUUUAUACACACGUCUUCAAAUCGACCUCGACCGAGAUCCGUGCGCUGAAUUGUUCAGGGAUGAAGCAAAAAAGGGUCUCCCAGGCACGUGCAGCAAUGCAUGGCACACAGAAGCCCACCCCUUUAGUACUAAGAGCUUUCCUGAGCUUUUGAGGCUUUCCCAAAGCGGAUUCAACGCGUCUGCCUGGACGAGGGCGCUUUUGAUCAAGUCGCUUCAGUUCCAAAUACAAUCUUGUAAUCGCUUUUCUGAAGAUGACGACCCAGACCCUAUGCGCGGAACAUACGGCUUCACAAUCAGACAUGUAAUACGUAACAAAAUGCGUAUAUUGAUAUCGAUCGGUGCAGAGUUGAUCUGGCCGCUCCUUUCGGCUCAUACCUCCAACGCUGAAAAGAGAGCAUGUUCAUUUGCACUUGUGUCGGUCAUACUUCACGAACUUGGGCACGCAAUAGUAAUGGCGCAGGGUUCAGCUACUGAUCACCAGCCGAGUCUUGACUGUGUGGCCGAUCCCGCGAAAAGAUAUUUGCUAAAGCAAGCAUGUCACCGCUUGUUCAGCUCCUUGAUCGACGACCCCUUUUUCGAGGAUGAGCCCUCAGCCGAAGUUGGAUUUGCUCUAGAGAACCAGGUAUUUGGUGGUAUUCUGACGCACGCUCUACGCUCAGCAUCCGACCUACAACCAGUGCCCGUACAUUUGAUAAUGACACAGCUAUUCUUGCAAUCUUGGCCUCUCGCAAGGCGUUUGGCAUGGAUAAAACCAAACAAGUCUAAAAAGCUGCUGCUGAAUCCGCCACCGCCGACGGUGGACAUGAAAAGAGCCGUACCUUUAGACACAAUCACCAAAGUAUUUUCCCAAUCGUUUUGGGACAAGGAUUUUGCGAGGUAUGGACCCGAGUCCUUGAAGGUUCGGAGCGGCCGCGUGGUAAAAAGGCCUCCCAUCGCCCCACCAUUUUUUGCAUCGCACUGGAACGUCUACGGACCACAUAGAGGCUUCUUCCUCAGGCAGGCGUACAACGCCCUGAAAACCUCGGGAUAUAGCACCAUAGCGUAUUAUCUGGAGAGCAGAGCAAGACAACGUGGGAUAGGCAUUGCGACGAGACGUCUCUGGCAUUACGAGCAUAAGACCUGGCCUGCUAUGGCCAAGGAGUUGGAUCGAGUUGCCAACGAAGUGCACCAGGCAGUCACGAAAUAUCUGCCAUUGUUCGAAGAUGCGGUAACUUCAGCUGCCGAGCAGCGUGUUUUGUAUGCGGAUCGGCAGCCAAUCACGCCAGGCACCAAUAAUUUGGUCAGCUUUGAGGCCUGGGUCGAAAAUGUCAAACAGUCUAGAUCUAACAGCUUUAGCUGCUUCGUUGGCAAGCUGAUGCAGCUACACCGACUGAUGGUGACAAGGUUCGAAUACACGCAGACGAUGCUGUGUACCCUGACCACGCUGGAAUCGGCAGACAGGGACAAAAUCCGGCGGAAACACUUUGGACGACUGGUAAAUGUACUCCACCAUGUUCCGUUUCGCCUUGCGACGAAGCUCGUCGUAGCUGUCAAGUCGUUGGGCCAGCUCUAUCGUCUGCGCCAUGAAUCUGGGCCACAACUGGGCGACUCGGCUUUGCGAACCAAACUGCAAGAGGACAUCGCGGAACUCAAGAGGCAGGAAAAGUUGUUCCGUACGCUCGAGGGGAUGUUUCGCAAUCACCUGGGUCCGCCUACCUCAAACGAGUAUUCGGGGGAGUUUUGGGGUCCGGAGAAAUUCAUCGCCGUGACGAGCUUCAACCUUGCGACUGAGCCUGAGAUCUUUUUUGAGGCGGCUCGAAGCGACCUCGAGAGAUUAAAAGACCCCGAUGUGAUCCGGGUCGUUGAUGAAGUCUUCAAAAUCCUAGAAGCGUCUGAAGGGAUCAAUGAGAGUGCAGCCUCGCCCGCGUUGUCACUUGCUUCGACGGAGUCUCCUACCUCGCCCCGUGGAGGAUCGGGAUCCGGGCCGGGCUUUCAAUUACAGCCAGGGGAGCCAUCAACGGGCGAAUCUACGACUCAAUCCAGGAAGCGUAGAUGGCGUCAGACCGAAGUGGGGACCGAUGCUGCGGGUAAUGAAACUGGUCUUCCACCGUCAAAACGUGUGCAGCUACUUGACAGGGCGUUAGAUGCACCAUUUGUUCAAGCUACUGAGUCCUGUGCGAACAACAGGAAAGCCUUCGAGGCAUCCAAUCAGGUGAUGAUAGAUCCAGGCGAGCCAAGCUUCAAUACCAGCCAGCCGCCCCCGCCGGGCAUGAUCGCAUUCCCGGAUCCCAAGACGGGCUUUACCCAGUACGCUUCGGAGUCGCGGGCCGCGGACGUGGGCCCCAUGAUUCAGCAGGCUGCACAAGAGAGGGAGGCAUCGGCGGCACAAUCUCGACAGGCUCUGGUCGACCUGGAAGCGCUGGCUCUUGAUCAGCAGCGUAUGGAAGGGCCGCUAACGGCGGACGAGAGGGUGGCGCUCUCGAACCUGCAAAACCGGGAGACCAACUUUGAUGCAUUUAAACAGAAGGAAAAGGUGAUUCGGGCGUUUAAAGCGAUUUGUGAGGUUUUCAGUGGGCAGGGCGAUGAUGUGGAAAUGCAGCUUUGA